CCAUGGCCUUCGUCACAAGGCAGUUCGUGCGUUCCGUGUCCUCCUCGUCCACCGCCUCGGCCUCAGUCAAGAAGAUCAUCGUCAAGCAUGUGACGGUCAUCGGCGGCGGGCUGAUGGGCUCCGGCAUCGCCCAGGUUGCUGCAGCAACUGGUCACACAGUAGUGUUGGUAGACCAGACAGAGGACAUCCUGGCAAAAUCCAAAAAGGGAAUUGAGGAAAGCCUUAGGAAAGUGGCAAAGAAGAAGUUUGCAGAAGACCCUAAGGCUGGCGAUGAAUUUGUGGUGAAGACCCUGAGCAGCAUAACGACCAGCACAGAUGCAGCCUCCGUUGUCCACAGCACAGACUUGGUGGUGGAAGCCAUUGCGGAGAAUCUGCAGUUGAAAAAUGAACUCUUCAAAAGGCUGGACAAGUUUGCUGCUGAACAUACAAUCUUUGCCAGCAACACUUCCUCCUUGCAGAUUACAAGCAUAGCCAAUGCCACCACUAGACAAGACCGAUUCGCUGGCCUCCAUUUCUUCAACCCAGUGCCCAUGAUGAAACUUGUGGAGGUCAUUAAAACACCAAUGACCAGCCAGAAGACAUUUGAAUCUUUGGUAGACUUUACCAAAACCCUAGGAAAGCAUCCUGUUUCUUGCAAGGACACUCCUGGGUUUGUUGUGAACCGCCUCCUGGUUCCAUACCUCAUGGAAGCAAUCAGGCUGUAUGAACGAGGUGAUGCAUCCAAAGAAGACAUUGACACUGCUAUGAAGUUAGGAGCUGGUUACCCCAUGGGCCCAUUUGAGCUUCUAGAUUAUGUCGGGCUGGAUACUACGAAGUUCAUCGUAGAUGGGUGGCAUGAAAUAGAUGCGAAGAACCCAUUGUUUCAGCCCAGCCCAUCUUUGAAUAAGCUGGUAACAGAGAACAAGUUGGGCAAGAAGACUGGAGAAGGAUUUUACAAAUACAAAUGAUGCUCAACUUCUCCGGCUCUGAGAAGAAGCCCUGAGAGCGCUCACCAGCCAGCACCCGAGUGCCUGCGGGAAUGCUCUGGUCAGAUGUUCCCUCACACAGCACAGUCUAAUCAAUGUGCAUUUUGAUUGUAAUCUAGCUGAAGUGAUUAUUACACCAAUUACAGCAGUAAUAGAUUCUCUAUUAAGAACUAAUUUUCUUUUUUAGUCUGUUCAUUUCUGUGUAUUUUCUAAACAGCUUUACACCCUUGGUGCCUUGGAGCAAACAUUUUUUUUGAGCCUUGUCAUUUUUGUGAAGAAUUGCUUGGAUUGGUUCUUUCAUCAAGGGGAAGUACUUCCUGUGACAGUGCAAGUACACCGUGUUCACUGUUGCUGCGUGGGAGAGUCACAAGCCACUGGCACACACCUGGUGUGUCUAAAGCACUACAGCGAGCAGCACCUAGAUCUUGCCUUUAUAAGAACAUUUUACUACCUGCAGCUUUGAGCCUUGCCCUGCAUUCUGGACACGACAUAAGAUAUUGUGUCUUUAUUCAGCUCAUCGUCAAGAUGCUGCUGCUGGAUGGGUCGGCGUGUCUCUGUGUGCAUGGUUUGCAGGAGGAGGUCGGUUUCCAUGGUCAUUCAGUUCCACACAUCUUAAUGAUUACUGUCUGUCUGUGUCUUUUUUCCACGAGAAAUCACUGUUGCAAAUUGCCUAUAAAAAUUGACUCUACUAAAAUACGAUGUUUUAGUCUGUGAAAAUUUGAAUUGAAAAAAGUUGUAUAAUAUAAAAUUGUAAUACACUCAAAUGAUUAUAAAAGUAAAAAGUUGAUAAUUUAGGCAGAAA